AUUUAAUAAUAAUAAAUGGAAAAACAUUCCCUACCUGUAGAGGAAAAGAAAGCCGAAAUAGCAAGUCUAGAGGAGUCCAUACUAUCAAAGAGUAAAGAACUAAAUUAUAAGAGAUGCUGCAAUGCUUAUUACAAUAUUUUUGCUGCUGAAAUCGGAGUUGAACAGCUGGGAUCAUGCACUCAGAAGAAGUUUUUUAAAUUUUUAUUCGAAAAUAAGAGGUUUAUAAAAUUAGCACAAAAGCUAGGACCUUCAAAGUUCUUUAAUUUGAAUUCUCUCAUGAUUCGUUGUGUUCAAGAGAAAAAUAGAGAAAUUAUUAAUUUCAUAGAUUUCUUGUUCCCGAAUAAAGUUAAUACUCUUUGGGUUUACUCUUCGCUCCAAGUGAAGCGAAGUACUCCCAGAUAUAUAAAUUCAAUUAUUAGAUUAAGUUCGAGAGUGACCCAAAGUGUAAUUUUGGAUCGUUUUUGAUUGAACUCUAACCAAUUUAAGAGACUGAUUACAUCUUUCAGGCAUGUGAAAGGAUUGGCUUUUAACUUUAAAACAAUAUCUAUUCAAAAAGUUCCUAACUUCUCGAGAGCACUUAAAAACUCCAAGAUUCAGGAAUUAACUUUAUGGAGAUCAGGAAUAGCCUUAGCUGGUAACUGAGAUGAAAAUAUCGGAGGGAUGAUAAACUUGAUAAAAGGUCUGGCAAGUUGUUCAGAUUUAAAAUCAAGCCUCAAAAAGAUAACUAUCAGAUGUCAUGAAAGAGAUAAAAAUGAAGUGAUAAAUAUUUUUAAGGGAAAUCAAUUUGAAAGACUUCAGAUAAUUUUUGGAUCAUAA